AUGUCCAACACCGCAGAUCACGAUCAACAGUCUUGUCUUGGCACUGCCGAGCCCGCGGGAGCAACCAUUGCCUCCAUUUCCUCCCGCAUUACCACAACUUACCAACAACCUAUCCAAGCUGUCCCCAGCCACAACGCACCAAUUCGCGUGCCCGAAUACCCUAAAAUCCCGAUUAAGCUCCCACAAACAACCACACACAUCUACAACAUGGGCUGGCUCCCUUGGUCAUCCGGCGACUCGAACAAAGCCUCUGACGGCGGCCGCAUCGCUCCGGAUCGCACGAGUCGCGCACGUUGCUGGGAGGGAAGGGAUGCUUUCUUCGCCUGUCUGGAUCGGAAUGAUAUUUUGGACGGAAUUAAAGAUGAUAAGGAGGCAAGACGGAAAUGCGCGAAGGAGGUUGCGGAGUUUGAGGCUGCUUGUUCGGCGACUUGGGUCAAAUACUUCAAGGAAAAGCGCGUGAUGGAAUACAACCGGGACAAGACGAUUGAGCGGAUCAAGAAGGAGGAUGCGGAGACGGUGAAAGAGCUGAAGUCUCAAGGUUGGAAGUCCAACUAGAAGAGUUAGGCUAGAGGCUAUAGGUGAAGGGGCAGACGGGCUACUUUCUUGUACAUUAUGUACCAUAUCCACUCUUGACGUAUUUCGAUGAGCACUCCAUUUAAUGCUACACUGAUUUAAAGCAGUAUUUUAGUUCCAUAGGUACCUUGUGCAGGCUAUGCAUUAUCUUGCUUGAAAGAGUUGUUUAAAUUGGAGACUGGAUAUGUUAUGGGAGACGAAGACCAUGGACUCAUUUCUACA